UUUUUUAGAAAAGGUCGAGACGUUCUUUGACAUACACUUGGUUGAUCAACUUUCUGCUCAGACCCUGGUGACGUUUUACAAAGUCUGAGUAGCAGCUGCAAGCUCUUGAAUACCGAAGGAGUUGGGAAAUGUAUAUCCCAUACGCAGGUGAAGUUGGUAUAUUGCUUCUAAGAUGAUAAGAUCAUCUUUAAGAGUAUAAAAAAGGCAUGAUACAUUUUGAUAAGAUGACCUUAUAUGGAUAUAAAGAAGGGACAUUAUAACUUGACAAUCCAUAUGCAUAUUUUUCAUGUGAAAAACUUUUCUUUCAGCGUUUAAGACAAUUAGAUAUGUCUUCAUUUUAGGAAUUCUUUUUUGACAUGAGAAGGUAAAUUAUCGCAGAUUGCACCUCAUACAUGUACGUAUUUAUAGAAAAUCAUACAGUAAUCUACUGUGAAUUUUUUAUCAAAGGCCUGAAAUAUCGCAUACACAAGUCUAUCAACCUGACUAUGCGGUAUGGCUUUGUCUCAUUGUUGAAGGCCUUUAUUGAAAAAAAAAAUAAACACAAUUUCCUUGUUGUAGUUUUUGAAUGUUUUCUAGGUUUGAAUCAGUCGAUAAGUUAGAUAAAAUGUUUUAAUGAUUUACGCAAAUAAUUCAUUUGUUUACCACUUAUUGAAGAGGAUCUUGCCAGAAAUUUAGAUUUAACAGAAGCCACAUGCGUCGUGACGACACCAACACUUUUACCUGUAGUGACGGAGGCAUUAAUAUCCAACUUUAAAAUACAAACCAAUAUCAAGGAUAUCAUCACUCUGGGUGACAUGUCAGGUUAUAAAUCUAUUAAAACCUUAAUGGAAGAUGAUGGCAGUGCUUUCCCAGAAGAUCUACAAGUUGAUUGCGAAAACGACAUCGUUGUACUGCCAUUUUCCAGUGGCACUACAGGAUUUCCCAAGGCGGUCAUGUUGAAUCAUCGGUGUAUGGUUGCAAACCUUCAACAAAUAAGUUAUACACUGACAACGACUCCUGACGAUAGCUUCAUCGCAGUUCUCCCAUUCUUCCAUGCAUAUGGUAUGUCUGUCAUAACAUACUAUGCUUUUGCUGGUGGUAAUAAAUUGGUGACCCUUCCUAGAUUUGAUCCAGGAUUAUUUCUACAAGCAAUUCAAAAUGAAAAGAUAUCAUUCCUUCAUUUGGUACCACCAAUGGCGGUUUUCAUGGUUAAACAUCCAAUGGUAAAUGAUUUCAACUUAUCUGGAGUUCAAAGAGCCCUAUGUGGCGCUGCACCCCUUGGAGAAACUGUUCACGAAGAGUUUAUAUCAAGGUUAAAUAUAAAUUUAUUUCAAGGUUAUGGCAUGACAGAAUUUGGUCCAGCUGGCAUUUGUGAUGCUAUUCCAGCAAACAUUGGCUCAGUAGGAAAACCAGUUCCCAAUACUUUAUGCAAGAUAGUCCACCCAGGAACCACCAACUUAAUGAAAAAUGUUGGAGAAUCAGGUGAGAUAUGCAUGAAGGGACCACAGUUAAUGAAAGGAUACCUACACAAUCCUGAGGCUACAAAUGAGACUGUCAAAGAAGGUUGGAUACACACAGGGGACAUUGGUUAUAUAAGAGAAGAUGGUAACGUGGUUAUAACAGAUAGAGUAAAAGAUCUGAUCAAAUAUAAGGCUUUACAGAUUGCUCCUGCUGAUCUCGAAGACGUUUUAUUAAAGCACCCCGAAAUUCAGGAUGCAGCUGUAAUUGGAAUUCCCGACGAAAGAACUGGAGAAGUACCGAGAGCAUAUGUUGUGCGAAAACCAAAUUGUGCUGUGGAAGAACACCAAAUACAAAAAUUUAUGAAAGAUCAUGUUGCUGAAUUUAAGUUGCUAAGAGGAGGAAUUCAAUUUACAGAAGCUAUUCCAAAGACACCUAGUGGGAAAAUACUUAGACGGACUCUAAGACAAGAGUUUUUAAAAAGUUCUUGAACUGUUACUUAAUCACUUAUUCCGUGUAUAUCAUUGAAAAUUAUGCUUACAAUACAAUUUAUUUUAAAAGUUUUAAACAUAUAUUUACUCUACAAGCGAACAGCGUGCAAUACAAAAAUCAAUUUGGUUCACAUUUUUAUAAUUAUAAAUGCCUUCUUGCUACAUGUAUAAGUACUAAUGUUGUUAUCAUAUAAGACUCCUUUACCUAUUGGACAUUUUGAUGUUAUCUGAUUUUCAACCAUGUGGGCUGAUUUUGUAUGCGGGACAAUAUAUGCUCACCCUCUCAGAGAACCUGGCUUUAUAGGAGCAUAUAUUCCUAAAACUUUAGUUUUCAUUAAUGUCUGUUUAUCUGUGCACAUGAUAGACUAAGAGUAAUCUUGUUAGUUUUGAUAUGUCUUGUAAUGGUCUUGCAUAACCCUAUGAAUGGUCCAGUUUGAAUUCCCUUUUUAAUAACGUUUAUCAAUAACGUUGCAGGGAGUAUCCUUCAUCCUUUACUAGAUUGCAUUGUCUAUAUCGAGUAACUAUGAAUAUCGACCAGUGUUUAGCCUAUUAAAAUAUCAAAAUUUUUAUUUGCUGGCCUAAAUAUACAUAUAAAAAAGAAUAUGUGCAGUUCUCAAGAUUUGGUAAAUAUUUAAUUUAUAUCUUUGCAAUUUAGAUAAUUGAACAAAGUCGCCAUAGUCCAUGAACGCACAAAAUAGGGCAUGAGCCAAAAAAAAAAGAGAAAUCCGUCGUGGUGAGUUGAGUACAUGUGUGAGCACAUUAUAAGUUAGAACGUUUGGUUAAUAAAUUUUAGACUGUUUUUUAAUAUGCUCGCAAAUAUCUAAAUACCUAAAGGUAAUAAAGACACAUAUUCCAUUUAGUGUUCGGUGUGUCUUGAUUUUUGGACUUGAACUGAAAGUAUUUUGUGUACAACUAGGAACUAGGAAGAUUAUCAAGUUCGAAACUUCCAAGUUACUAAAAACAUUUUCAAAUUCUGUUACAGACACAGAGAUUUGGUUAAGAGAAUUUGGUAUGCCUGUACAAAACGGGAUAUCACGAGUAUGUUUUAAAAGUAAAACUCUUUAAAAAGCUCGUAAUGGGUAUAGUUUAUUGAAGAUUAUUGGACAAUUCAAAUAACGUAUUCUUAAGGUUGUCUGUAUGAUAUUGCAAGUUCUUUCUAAAUUAUCUAUAUCGACAUAUGAAACAUUAUUUUUUAAUUGAAAUAAUUGAAUUACAUAAUUGAAUAAAUAAAUCAUGAUUGCC